AUGAGCUCCAAGGACAAUCUCGCCAUGGACGAGGCGGGCGUGACGCGCUGGGACCGCGCGCGAUGGAUCUCCGUCUUCAGCAGCCACAACCCAACCAUCCGCGAGGUAACCGAGUGUCUGGGCCUGGGCCUGUCCGCGUCCAGCUCGACAACAAACCGCGGCAUCCCGAAAUUCGACAAUCCCGACUACCGCAAGCUGUCCAGCGAGGUCACCCGCCUGUCCAAGGAGCUUCCGAAAGAGCGCGACGCACUGCUGGACUUUGCCGCCAACCCGCGCAGCCUGGAGGAGGAGCUCGAGGAACUGCUCGCGACGUUUGGGCCGGCGAUUUGGGGUAGGGACACCGAUCGCACCUGCCUGCUGACGCCUGACCCCGCCAAGAAAACAUACCGAAAGCACCUGUUCUACGAGGAGGCCGAGGACAAGGAGACGCUCAAGAUACACCUGCACCGAUGGAUCAUCAUCAAGGCGUGCUACUACAUCCGCAACAUGAAGCUCAAGCGGCCGUCGUCUGCCGCCGACUACGACACGCUGGCCGACAUGGAGGCGGACGGCGACCCGAUGAGCCCAAGCAAGCCCCAAUUGGUAGUAAAGCUCCCGAUCUCUCCGUCAAGACUACAAAGCGUUCUAAGUCCGCCACAGUCUCCCACUGGCACGCCGCAGUCGACCACCCCGCCUGGCGAUGCCGCGUCGACCACAGGCGGGGCCGAGUCUUCGGCAAGACCCGUCAACGGAAAGAAGCGUAAGAGCUCCGUUUACAUGUCGCUGUCUGAUGGAGAAGAGAUGGGAUCGACGCCUGCCAAGAGACCCUAUCAGAGCCAUACGAUGCCGUCCCAUCGGAAGAGCCCCAGAAAGUCUAUCAGGUCCAUCGCCCCCAAUAGUCCCGUCUCUGAGAACACCCCGCCGGUGCCGAGCAUUAGCCAAAGCCAAAAUAAUAAUUCGCAGCCAUUGGCACCUUCUCCAUCGGUGCACGAAAACGGGAGGCCGUUGCUGACCCCUCUCUCAAGCAAUGAGCUGAACGGUGCUGCAAGGCCAGCUAGCGCUGCCCCGCCCGCUGGUGGAUUCACCGCCGUCAACACCGGUAGCUUUACUGCCGUCAACGUCGCAGGCCCCGUUCGAGAAUCACCGUCGCAGCAGCCACCGUCGCAGAAUCCAUCCGGCCCCAACGCUCGUAACUAUUCUAGUCCCUACGACUCGAGUCCUUAUGGAGGACCAACUGCCCAGAAUGCAUCCACCCCGAAGGCGCCGAUGCUCAACACGGCGCCCGUCAUCGCCCAUGGAUUCCAGGCCAUUAACUCACCAACGGUUACAAAUGGUGUCAGCGCUCGGAAUUCACCCGUCGUACAGCAUAAUUCCCAUGCAAAUAUACCUUCCCAAGCACCCCCUCAGAUUCAACCCCUGUCCCAACCACCGGUCCAGCCUAAACCCGCCAGUCGAUCUAAUACUCCUGUCGCUCACCAUUCUUCUCGCGGCUCGUUCUCUCACAAUCCUCAUAGCAGGUCGAAUACUCCUAUCGCUCCAGCUACAAAUGCACAAACGACUCAACAGGCUCCAGCGGCUCAGACUGCGCCUCCUGCGCACACUCAAAAUAUCCAACAUGCUCUCGCUCCCGCACCAGCAAUGCAGCCGACACACCAGCCUCAUAUCCAGCCCGCUCCUGCACCACAUCUCCAUCACGCUCAUGCCCACUCCCUCCCGAAUGCGGUCCAUUACGUUCCUCAGACACAUCCGGUCCUCAAAAGCCAUCCUGUCGAGGUACCUGCCAUGCCGCCCACAACCUCUCUUGCGCCCGACACAAGCCUCAUGCAGUGCGAGAUUCUUGGCUCUCUGAUGCAGUACCUCUUUCCUAAGCACACAUCACCACCGGAUGAAGCUGCUGUCCUCCAUAAGCUAGAAACGCUCUGGCACAUCAACGCCUCGAUCUUCCACAAGCAGAUUGGCCCAUUAUAUGACCUGCAAUCGAAGGUCCUGUUGUCAUGGAUCGCCGAGCGCCGGAAGAUCACCCAGCUACGCCAUGCUCUCACGUUUGCGCCUGGUGUAGCAGCCUCUGAGAUGGUCGAACGUCUACUAGCAAUGAAUGACCUGAGAGUUAUGCGCCUGAAAUGGAAGAACAUGAGUAGCGCGGACGGCCUGAGUGCUGAAGACCUACUCUGCAGAACGUUCGCCGUCAUGACGAACACGGAAGGGACGGAAUACCUGUUCAAAGAUGGAUUGGACAGGUUGAAUGAGGGUAUCUUCGAGUUCCUCAAGAGCGAAGACAUGAGGAUAUUGAUGCACAGGAGGUGA